UCCGCCCCCGCGCGGACUCCUGCUGCGAGGCGAGCGCCGCUGGCUUCCUCGCUCGCUCCGUCCCUGCGCUGCGCUCUGGCUGCAGCUGGUGGUUCCCGACGCGCAGCAUCCGCCGCCGCCGGGCGGAGCUCCGUCCCUACCGUGCCCGGGCUGCGCAGGCCGGGAGAAGCCGAGCCCGAUCGCCCGCCGCCGGACGACGAAGGAGCGCGCCCCCGUCUCUCGCUUUCCCCGCGCCCGGCAGGAGAGCAGCCAGCGGAGGCCAUGGGCGACAAAGGCACCCGGGUGUUCAAGAAAGCCAGUCCCAAUGGGAAGCUCACCGUCUACCUGGGCAAGAGGGACUUCGUCGACCACAUAGAUGUCGUCGAUCCAGUGGAUGGCGUCGUGCUGGUGGAUCCAGAAUACUUAAAGGAAAGGAAAGUUUUCGUGACCCUCACGUGCGCCUUCCGCUACGGCCGCGAGGAUCUGGACGUCCUGGGCCUGACUUUCCGGAAGGACCUCUUUGUCGCCAACAUCCAGGCCUUCCCCCCGGUCACCGAUGAGAAGAAGCCUCUGACGCGGCUGCAGGAACGGCUGAUUAAGAAGCUCGGUGAGCAGGCCUACCCUUUUACCUUCGAGAUCCUUCCCAACCUUCCCUGCUCCGUGACGUUGCAGCCGGGACCCGAAGACACAGGAAAGGCUUGCGGUGUUGACUAUGAAGUCAAAGCUUUCUGUGCGGAGAGUCUGGAGGAGAAGAUCCACAAAAGGAACUCAGUGCGCUUGGUGAUCCGCAAAGUCCAGUAUGCGCCGGAGCGGCCGGGGCCGCAGCCGAUGGCCGAGACCACCCGGCAGUUCCUCAUGUCAGACAAGCCCCUGCACUUAGAAGCUUCGCUGGACAAAGAGAUUUACUAUCACGGGGAGCCCAUCAGCGUCAACGUUCACGUCACAAACAACACCAACAAGACGGUGAAGAAGAUCAAAAUCUCAGUUCGCCAAUACGCAGACAUCUGCCUCUUCAACACAGCCCAGUACAAAUGCCCCGUCGCAGUGGAGGAAGCAGACGACGUGGUGGCUCCAAGCUCGACCUUCUGCAAAGUCUACACGUUGACCCCGUUCCUCGCCAACAACCGGGAGAAGCGCGGCCUCGCCUUGGACGGGAAGCUCAAGCACGAAGACACCAACCUGGCCUCUAGCACACUGUUGAGAGACGGCGCCAACAAGGAGGUCCUGGGCAUCAUUGUUUCCUACAAAGUGAAAGUGAAGCUGGUGGUCUCUCGGGGAGGCCUGCUGGGAGACCUUGCCUCCAGCGACGUGGCUGUGGAGCUGCCAUUCACCCUCAUGCACCCCAAGCCCAAGGAGGAGCCUCUGCAACGGGACGUUCCAGAAAACGAAGCUCCGAUUGACACAAAUCUCAUAGAGCUUGAUACGAAUGACGAUGACAUCGUUUUCGAGGACUUCGCCCGCCAGAGGCUGAAGGGGGUGAAAGACGAGAAGGAGGAGGACGACGAGGGGAUGAGCUCCCCGCAGCUGAACGACAGAUAAACUGGAUCUCCUCCCCCGUGGGUCUCUCUCUCUCCGCUUCCAAGUCCUGACACCUGAGCACUAGGCUUCUUAUCUUUUGUAUAAAGGUUACUUUUUUUCCUGGGGGUGGGGGCGAGA